AGCUAAACUGCUAGCGGUAUUGUAUUGGUAUGGGAUGGAUUUGUUGCAUUUCGUAUGUUUUCUUAGCCUUUCUGGGUUUUUUCUGCAAUCUCGGAUUGAGCGCCGACAGUCUCAUACCCGGCGAACAGCUUACUCGAAACCGGACCUUAGUCUCCGCCGGCGGGAACUUCGCGUUAGGAUUCUUCCGCCCCGGAAACUCUUCUUCUUCCUUUCUCGGGAUUUGGUACAAUUCCAUCAACAAAACUGUGAUCUGGGUCGCUAACAGAGAAUCUCCGCUGCGUCAAGAUUCUGAAGCCGUUUUCACACUCGGGUAUGAUGGGAAUUUGCAGCUUUUGGAUGGCGGCAGAAGAAAUAUUAUAUGGUCAACGAAUAUCUCAGGCGGCGGCGGAGAAUCCAUGGCCGCCCAACUGCAAGAUACGGGAGAUCUUGUUGUGAAGCAGGGUGAGAGUACCGUUUGGGAAAGCUUCGAUGGCGACAGCGAUACGUUAAUGCCCGGGAUGAGGCUAAAGGUCCGGCGUAUGCAACUUAUUCAUUUGCUACAGAAAAUGACGAAGAAUAUUUCAGCUAUGGAUAUACUAACACCUCAAUUCAAUCAAGGUUCGUAUUGACACCCGAAGGUCGUGUUCAGUUUCUGUUGAGGCAAAAAGCAAGUGAUGAAUGGCAGAAACUGUGGGAGGCGCCAGCCACUGGCUGUGAAUUUUAUGCACACUGUGGUUCAUUUGGAAGCUGUAACCACUCG